GUUAUGGCAUCGCGCAAGAGGGCGUGGGCAGGGAUGUCCGGCCUUAUGCCGGAGCUAGUCAGGGAGAUCCUUCGCAGGCUCCCUUUCUCAGGUGUUCUAAGGGCAAGAUGUGUGUGCCAGGUGUGGAGAUCUGUGGUGGAUGCACCCAGCUUCCGGAGCUCGUACAGGGACAGUGCCAAACUCUUCCUAGAUAGCAAUUCGAUCCAGGACAGCAGCGGCGUGAUGAUGCGAUGGGCGCCGCAGCACUUUGAAAACGUGGAGAGGGAUGUCCCCGACUGGCUGUGCGCAGUGUCGCAGGACAAGCGCCUCGUCCUGGCGCGCUCCUCGCAGGAAAGGAGGCUCUUUGUCGGGAGUCCCUUCGUGGCCAAGUGGGAGGAGAUCCCCUACCUGCGAUUUGGGGACAUGUCCAGGGUCUGCCUCUUUGCUGCCGCUUCGAAUUCUCCUCCCGGGGAUUACAAGGUUGUGGUGUGGUUCUCGGAUGGCACGCUCUACACCUUCGUUCGCGGCCAGGUGGCGUGGAUUCCUGCCAAAGGGGACGUCGCCCCUGGAUCGAUCCCGGUGCUGCUAGAUGGUGUAGUGUAUUGUACUGCUUCGCGCGAUCAAAAGUGGCUCCUCCAGUAUGACUUGACACGCAACAAGUUUUUCUAUUCGCAUCUCUAUGAUAAAGUUGGUGAUGGUGUCUGCGUUGCUGCAUGGGCCAACAAACUCUACGUGCUCGUGCUCAAUGCGGUGAAGAAAGGUAGAGUGGAGGUUUGGGAAGUUCAUAUUGAAGUAAAAGAAAUCUGGACUGAAUUUCUGAGUGAGUAUGUUGUGGGUUUGGAGGCUGGGGAAUUUAGAUUUACUGGGCAAAUUGAGAGUGUUCUCAACUUUUCUUGCUCUUGCAAAGGAGGUAAGAAGAGCAAGGUUUGCUUUUCGUAUGAUGUGAAUUCAAAGACUUGGACUAGACAAGGGUUUACUUGCUCAAUAGCUGUGCCAAUACAACUUGUUUACUGAGCUUUUUAAAUUUAUAUAAACGGUCUAUGAGAUGAAAUGAA